AUGACAUCGUUGACACAAACAUUGACUAUCUCCCCUGGUAUCAAUUAUGAAUUUGUUCAUGUACCAUAUACAUCAAAUCAGACAAGCACCAUUCUCUUCUUACAUGGAUUUCCUUCAUCUCUGCAUAGUUGGCGACAUCAAAUCAAGCAUUUUAAUCAGCUUGGCUAUGGUUGUUUAGCGCCUAAUCUCAUGGGAUAUGGCAAAACCUAUUCACCUUCAGACUUUCAAGAAUAUCAAACAAAGCAGAUGGUUCUUCACCUCGUUACUCUUCUUUCUUACUUGACAAUCAACACACCUGUUAUUGUUGUUGGUCAUGAUUUUGGUACAAUACUUGCUUCUCGAUUUGCUCUCUAUUACCCAGAACGUGUUCAAGCAUUGAUUCUUCUCAGUAUCGGGUAUAACCCACCCGGUAUAGUCGAUAUCGAUAGAACCAUUAACAAUGCGAAAGAGGCGGUUGGCUACGAUAUUUAUGGAUAUUGGAAAUUUUUUGGUUUUGAUGACGAUGCUGCCCAACUCAUUGAGAAAAAUGUCAAUAGCUUUCUCGAUAUCUGCUUUCCACCAUCCGAAGAUGCUUUAGCAUUAUGGCGUUCAGAUUUUACACCGACAGGUAAACUGAAAGAAUGGUUACAGAACAGAAAAUCAUUGUCUCGUCGUGCAAGUUAUUUAACAGACAGUGACUACAACGUCUAUCUCGGCUAUGUAUUAGAAGGUAUGAAGGGAAAGUUAAACUGGUACAAAGCACAAUUCAACAACGUCAAUGCAGAAGAUGAGAAGAAUUUAGAUUCAAAUAUACAGAUGCCCACUCUCUUUAUUCCUGGAUUGAGAGAUGCUGUUGGCAUUCCUGCUCUAUAUGCAGCUCAAAAACAAUAUAUCGAAGAUUUGACAGUGAUUGAAUUAGAUGCUACUCAUUGGAUCAUGGAAGAGAAAUUUCAAGAAGUAAACCAAAAUAUUGAAGAAUGGAUAAAAAAACGAUUUUGA